GCCCCGGCGGCGAGAGCGGCAGGCUGGGCCCCUGGCCCGCGCCUGGCCUGGGGAGAGAGCCUGAGCGGGCGGCAGGAGCUGCUCCUGCGGGCCGGGGCCCUAGCCCUGGCUGCAGCGGGAGGCGUCUCCGGGGCCGGACGCGCGUGGGGGGCGGGGGCGAGGCCGCGGCGAACAAAGUCCAGGCCCCUCUGCUGGAGCGCCCGCGCGCCCGGAGGUUCUGCCAGACACGCGCGAGGUCCGAGGCUGAGAUGGAUCUUGAGGCGGCAAGGAACGGAACAGCCCGGCGCCCCAGGAGCGCGGAGGGCGACUUGGAACUGGGCGUCAGCAGCAACCAAAAAAGGAAAAAAACGAAGAAAGUGAAAUUGAUUGGAGUACUAACAUUGUUUCGAUACUCUGAUUGGCAGGAUAAAUUGUUUAUGUCGCUGGGUACCAUCAUGGCCAUAGCUCACGGAUCAGGUCUCCCCCUCAUGAUGGUAGUGUUUGGAGAGAUGACUGACAAAUUUGUUGAUACUGCAGGAAACUUCUCCCUUCCAGUGAACUUUUCAUUGUCGCUGCUAAAUCCAGGCAAAAUUCUGGAAGAAGAAAUGACUAGAUAUGCAUAUUACUACUCAGGAUUGGGUGCUGGAGUUCUUGUUGCUGCCUAUAUACAAGUUUCAUUUUGGACUUUGGCAGCUGGUCGACAGAUCAGAAAAAUUAGGCAAAAAUUUUUUCAUGCUGUUCUACGACAGGAAAUAGGAUGGUUUGACAUCAACGACACCACUGAACUCAAUACGCGGCUAACAGAUGACAUCUCCAAAAUCAGUGAAGGAAUUGGUGACAAGGUUGGAAUGUUCUUUCAAGCAGUAGCCACGUUUUUUGCAGGAUUCAUAGUGGGAUUCAUCAGAGGAUGGAAGCUCACCCUUGUGAUAAUGGCCAUCAGCCCUAUUCUGGGACUCUCUGCAGCCGUUUGGGCAAAGAUACUCUCGGCGUUUAGUGACAAAGAACUAGCUGCUUAUGCAAAAGCAGGCGCCGUGGCAGAAGAGGCUCUGGGGGCCAUCAGGACUGUGAUAGCUUUCGGGGGCCAGAACAAAGAGCUGGAAAGGUAUCAGAAACAUUUAGAAAAUGCCAAAGAGAUUGGAAUUAAAAAAGCUAUUUCAGCAAACAUUUCCAUGGGUAUUGCCUUCCUGUUAAUAUAUGCGUCAUAUGCACUGGCCUUCUGGUAUGGAUCUAUUCUAGUCAUAUCAAAAGAAUAUACUAUUGGAAAUGCAAUGACAGUUUUUUUUUCAAUCCUAAUUGGAGCUUUCAGUGUUGGUCAGGCUGCCCCAUGUAUUGAUGCUUUUGCCAAUGCAAGAGGAGCAGCAUAUGUGAUCUUUGAUAUUAUUGAUAAUAAUCCUAAAAUUGACAGUUUUUCAGAGAGAGGACACAAACCAGACAACAUCAAAGGGAAUUUGGAGUUCAAUGAUGUUCACUUUUCUUACCCUUCUCGAGCUAACGUCAAGAUCUUGAAGGGCCUCAACCUGAAGGUGCAGAGUGGGCAGAUGGUGGCCCUGGUUGGAAGCAGUGGCUGUGGGAAGAGCACAACGGUCCAGCUGAUACAGAGGCUCUAUGACCCUGACGACGGCACGAUUAACAUUGAUGGGCAGGAUAUUAGGAACUUUAAUGUGAGCUAUCUGAGGGAAAUCAUUGGUGUGGUGAGUCAGGAGCCAGUGCUGUUUUCCACCACAAUUGCUGAAAAUAUUCGUUAUGGCCGUGGAAAUGUAACCAUGGAUGAGAUAAAGAAAGCUGUCAAAGAGGCCAACGCCUAUGAGUUUAUCAUGAAAUUACCACAGAAAUUUGACACCCUGGUUGGAGAGAGAGGGGCCCAGUUGAGUGGUGGGCAGAAACAGAGGAUUGCCAUUGCACGUGCCCUGGUUCGCAACCCCAAGAUCCUCCUGCUGGACGAGGCCACGUCAGCGUUGGACACAGAAAGCGAAGCUGAGGUACAGGCAGCUCUGGAUAAGGCCAGAGAAGGCCGGACCACCAUUGUGAUAGCACACCGACUGUCUACAGUCCGAAAUGCAGAUGUCAUCGCUGGGUUUGAGGAUGGAGUAAUUGUGGAGCAAGGAAGCCACAGUGAACUGAUGAAGAAGGAAGGGGUGUACUUCAAACUUGUCAACAUGCAGACAUCAGGAAGCCAGAUCCAGUCAGAAGAAUUUGAACUAAAUGAUGAAAAGGCUGCCACUGGAAUGGCCCCAAAUGGCUGGAAAUCUCGCCUAUUUAGGCAUUCUACUCAGAAAAACCUUAAAAAUUCACAAAUGUGUCAGAAUAGCCUUGAUGUGGAAAUCGAUGGACUUGAAGCAAACGUGCCACCAGUGUCUUUUCUGAAGGUCCUGAAACUGAAUAAAACAGAAUGGCCCUACUUCGUCGUGGGAACAGUAUGUGCCAUUGCCAAUGGGGGGCUUCAGCCGGCAUUUUCAAUCAUAUUCUCAGAGAUCAUAGAGAUUUUUGGACCAGGCGACGAUGCAGUGAAGCAGCAGAAGUGCAACAUGUUCUCUUUGCUUUUCUUAUGUCUGGGAAUUAUUUCUUUUUUUACUUUCUUCUUUCAGGGUUUCACGUUUGGGAAAGCUGGCGAGAUCCUCACCAGGAGACUGCGAUCAAUGGCUUUUAAAGCAAUGUUAAGACAGGACAUGAGCUGGUUUGAUGACCAUAAAAACAGUACUGGUGCACUUUCUACAAGACUUGCCACGGAUGCUGCCCAAGUCCAAGGAGCCACAGGAACUAGGUUGGCUUUAAUUGCACAGAAUAUAGCUAACCUUGGAACUGGUAUUAUCAUAUCAUUUAUCUACGGUUGGCAGUUAACCCUAUUGCUAUUAGCAGUUGUUCCAAUUAUUGCUGUAUCAGGAAUUGUUGAAAUGAAAUUGUUGGCUGGAAAUGCCAAAAGAGAUAAAAAAGAACUGGAAGCUGCUGGAAAGAUUGCAACAGAGGCAAUAGAAAAUAUUAGGACAGUUGUGUCUUUGACCCAGGAAAGAAAAUUUGAAUCAAUGUAUGUUGAAAAAUUGUACGGACCUUACAGGAAUUCCGUGCAGAAGGCACACAUCUAUGGAAUUACUUUUAGUGUCUCACAAGCAUUUAUGUAUUUUUCCUAUGCCGGUUGUUUUCGAUUUGGUGCGUAUCUCAUUGUGAAUGGACAUAUGCGCUUCAAAGAUGUUAUUCUCGUGUUUUCUGCAAUUGUGUUUGGUGCAGUGGCUCUAGGACAUGCCAGUUCAUUUGCUCCAGACUAUGCUAAAGCUAAGCUGUCUGCAGCCCACUUAUUCAUGCUGUUUGAAAGACAACCUUUGAUUGACAACUACAGUGAAGAGGGGCUGAAGCCUGAUAAAUUUGAAGGAAAUAUAACAUUUAAUGAAGUCAUGUUCAACUAUCCCACCCGACCAAACGUGCCAGUGCUUCAGGGGCUGAGCCUGGAGGUGAAGAAGGGCCAGACGCUGGCCCUGGUGGGCAGCAGUGGCUGUGGGAAGAGCACAGUGGUCCAGCUCCUGGAGCGGUUCUACGACCCCUUGGCGGGGACAGUGCUUCUCGAUGGUCAAGAAGCAAAGAAACUCAAUGUCCAGUGGCUCAGAGCUCAACUCGGAAUCGUGUCUCAGGAGCCCAUCCUAUUUGACUGCAGCAUUGCCGAGAAUAUUGCCUAUGGAGACAACAGCCGGGUUGUAUCACAGGAUGAAAUUGUGAGUGCAGCCAAAGCUGCCAACAUACAUCCUUUCAUCGAGACGUUACCCCAUAAAUAUGAAACAAGAGUGGGAGAUAAGGGGACUCAGCUCUCAGGAGGUCAAAAACAGAGGAUUGCUAUUGCCCGAGCCCUCAUCAGACAACCUCAAAUCCUCCUGUUGGAUGAAGCUACAUCGGCUCUGGAUACUGAAAGUGAAAAGGUUGUCCAAGAAGCCCUGGACAAAGCCAGAGAAGGCCGCACCUGCAUUGUGAUUGCUCACCGCCUGUCCACCAUCCAGAAUGCAGACUUAAUAGUGGUGUUUCAGAAUGGCAGAGUCAAGGAGCACGGCACACAUCAGCAGCUGCUGGCACAGAAAGGCAUCUAUUUUUCAAUGGUCAGUGUCCAGGCUGGGACACAGAACUUAUGAACUUUUGCUACAGUAUAUUUUAAAAAUAAAUUCAAAUUAUUCUACAAUUUUAUCUGACUUGUAAAAGAAGUUUCUAGUUUGUCAUCAUAAAACAUAAGUAUAUCUCAUUCUAAAUCAAUUUAGAAGAUCCAAUUUGGGGUUUAUUAUGGCAUUUGAAAUUUGAGAGUUAGAAGUGACACCUGUCUUGAAGUAUUAAAACAACAGGCUGGCUCUCCCUAAGUUACUAGAAACAUCCAGAAAAAGAACAAAAUUCAAGAUAAAAGUACAGGUGUAGAAAUAUAGAAGCCACAGACAUAGGAAAAUGGUCUUAUGGUCCUGAAUGGGUUGGGUAGACAGGAUAGUUUGGGAAUAAUUUUCCCAAGUACAAAGGAAAAAUAGAUUGUUUAAUAGCCUCAUCUCUCUUGGUAAUUUUCUAAAUAAUUCUAUUAUGGAAUCAAAGUUUUUUAAAUGAAUGAAUUUCCAGCUUUAUCAUCCAAGACCAAGAGAAAAUGAAAUUGCCCCUAUCUAGCUAACUCUGAAAGCACGUAUCAGUUCCAUUAAGCAAGA